AUGUCCCAGACGCAUGUCAUCUCUUCCUCCCAGAACUCCCAGUCGUCCGCUUCCCCUGUCGUAGGUGGCCACUUCCGCGUCGACAAAAAGAUUGGCGAAGGUUCUUUCGGUGUUGUUUUCGCUGGCGAAGACCUGCGACAACGAGGUCGUCUCGUUGCUAUCAAGUUUGAACCACGCAAAAGUGAUGCUCCCCAGCUCAGGGAUGAGUACAGAAGCUACAGGACACUGCGAGGCCUCGAGGGCAUCCCUCAGGUGCACUUUUUUGGCCAAGAAGGUCUCCACAACGUCCUCGUCAUCGACCUCCUUGGCCCCAACCUCGAAGACCUCUUUGAUAUGUGCAACCGCAAGUUCUCGAUAAAAUCAGUCUGCAUGUUGGCGCUCCAAAUGAUAACGCGCGUUGAGAGCGUUCACAACAAGUCUCUCAUCUACCGUGACAUCAAGCCAGACAACUUCCUCAUCGGCCCUCCGGGUACAAAGUAUGCCAAUACAAUUUACCUCAUCGACUUUGGCAUGGCAAAACAUUACCAAGACCCGAAGACGAAGCAGCAUAUCCCAUAUCGAGAACGGAAGAGUCUCAGUGGUACUGCCCGUUACAUGUCGAUCAACACGCACUUGGGGCGAGAACAAUCGCGGAGAGAUGAUUUGGAGUCCCUCGGACACGUUUUCAUGUACUUCUUGCGCGGUGGCUUGCCGUGGCAGGGCCUAAAGGCUGCGACCAACAAGCAAAAGUAUGAAAAGAUCGGUGAGAAGAAACAGAGCACUCUGAUUGACGAUUUGUGCGAUGGUUUCCCUGAGGAAUUCUCGAUAUACAUGAAUUAUGUCCGCAAACUCGGUUUUGAGGAGGCACCCGAUUACGCCUUCCUCAGGGACCUGUUCCUCAAGGUACUGAAGAACCUGGGCGAAUCAGAUGACAGGGUGUUUGAUUGGUGUUUGCUUAACAACGGAAAGGGUUGGGAGUAUGGAAGCGUGAGUUGUCCUUUCACCCCCAUUUCUUCACGUAUAUCUCGUACUGAGCUACAUAGCGUGCCCAGAAAACGCAGGCGAAUGUCGCCGCGUUGCAAGCAACUCAACAGCGUGAACAUCGCCACCGCGAACACCGCCAUCGCUCGUCACGUCCAGUCGACGGUGCUGCCUCACCUCAGCAAGGCACAAAUGGCGCUCCUAUCAUCUUGA